ACGGGCUGUAAUAUUGCAUUGGCCUUGGCUGCAAAGUACCCCAAUUCUGUCAAAUCAAUCUCCCUCGUUGCACCGAAAAUUUGCAGAUAUGAACACCUGGGUCGAUGCAUCUGUUUUCUUAUUUGCUGAGACCACAGGACAUGGGAGUGGAUUCUGAAGCUCCUUACUUGGAGAAGGGAUCUUCAUUUCAUGAUUGUGGACUUGACAAGGCAGACCCAUCAUUCUGCUUGGCAUACCAUGCACAAUGUGAUAUGUGGGGGAGCAAAGUUAAUGGAUGAGUAUUUGGAAACCAUGAAUAAAUGUGGGAAAAUGUUUGUCAUCCAAGGCGACCGGGACAAGGUUCUGCCUUCGGAGUGCAGGAACAUCCUCAAAAUGAAGGUAGAGGAAACUGGAAUUAGCAUCAUAAAAACUGUGAACCAUAUCUCUGUAGUCCUAGGUAGAGAGGAUUUCACUCGAGAUCUAAUUUGGCAGUCUGCUGAGGCCACAAGCAGAAAGGAAUGUUUGAAAGAUGGCAGAUUGUGA